AUGGGUAAUAAACGAAGUAAAAGAUCUUUUGCACAAUCAGAAAUUGUACUUCUAGCUAAAGCACACACUGUUGAUGAUCCAGUGAGUAAGGCUGAAUGCACGGACGAAGGUGAAAAAGAUACAAAAGAAAAAUCGGCCUUAGCCAAGCAUGAAUCCGAAACUGGACAUAAGGUUGAUUCGAUGAAUUUCAAAACACUAUGGAGCGAUAAAAAUCCGUACAGAUCGCUCAUAAAAGAGUCAUUAGUGAUUAAAGCCUAUGAACCUUCUGUGAAUUUGACAACACAUUCAGUACCAAUGAUUGUGUAUCCGGACGACUUGCCGAGAAAUAUAGUACCUGAUCCUAAUGGCUAA